AUGACUGACGGCAGUAAACUCAGGGCGAUUGCUGACUAUAAGGGGAUUCAGUAUGUGCUAGGCGAGACCGGAUCCGUAUCGUGCCACGGAGCCGGAGACGUCUCCGACACAUACGCCGCCGCCGUCUGGGCAGUCGACUACCUCUUGUACCUCGCAACCCUCAAGGUCUCGCGCGUCUACUUCCACCAGGGAACAGGCUUCCUCUACUCCUCCUGGAUGCCAAUCGCAAGCGAGACGGACGGGACACCGCGAUUCCUCCACCCGCAAUACUACGGAAACCUGCUGACCGCGCACGCGCUCGCAAGCACUACACAACAAGUUGUCAUGCUAGCGAGCGAAACCUCGUUUACGGCAUAUGGGAUCUACACCGCGGACGAGUCUAGCGCGAUACAACAUCGCACGGCCCAUCCGCCUCCGACGCGUCGUCAUCGUCAAUCUCCAAGAAUUCAACGUCACGCAGGGCGCCGAUUCGAGACCGUCCGUCGGUUGACGGGGCCAGGUGCUGAUGCUAAAGGCGGAGCUAGCUUUGCGGGCUUGACGGUGGAUAGCAACGGGGCGCUGGCUGGGUGCGAGAUAGUUGAGAGGUUAGGACGUGGUGUGAAGAUGUUUGUUGGUGACAUGGAGGCGGUUCCUAUUUCGAUUGAGGAGUAA